CGUACAUAACAUAACCUAACUACCUAACAUUGUACAAAAAAUGUCGAAAAGUGUGUUGUUAAAGUACAUCUCAAUAGGUUCUGUUGCUGCAUGUGGUUAUUUAGCAGGAAUCCAAACAGAACGAUAUAAAAAUGUACUCCCCCAAAAUAACUUGAAUCUGAAGAAUAUGCCGGGUUUACCCAUCUUCGGCACUGUUUCAGCGGCUACAUCAUUCUCACCUGUUCCCGUACCAGAUCAAUCCCUAGCCAGUGCAACAAACGCCCUUGAAUUGAAAUCCACAGGGAACAGAAUAGCCCAAAUAAUGAAAUACGGUUUUCCCGGUUUAGACAACGUCAGAUCAUUCAGCGACUAUGUUUUGAGUUACGAUCGCAGGAAUCGAGUUGCCCAUUGGGUGUUUGAGCAUUUGACCAAAGACAGCGUCAAAUACAACGAAGCAGUGGAUAGAUCAAAGUGCGAUUUCAAACCCGAUGAAAGCAUUCAUAAAUAUUUUAGAUCGGAAAAUUCGGAUUAUAAAAAAUCGGGCUACGACAGGGGACAUUUGGCGGCUGCGGGUAAUCACAAAUUCCACCAACAACACGUAGAAGAAACGUUUUAUUUAUCCAACAUGGCGCCGCAAGUGGGUAGAGGGUUCAAUAGAGAUGCCUGGAAUAAAUUGGAGAAGCACGUUAGGAAUUUAACGAAGAUUUAUGCGAACGUUUAUUGCUGCACUGGGCCUUUAUAUUUACCAAAGAAAGAAAAUGAUGGAAAGAACUAUGUAAAAUACGAAGUUAUAGGAGCUAAUCAUGUUGCUGUCCCUACUCAUUUUUUUAAAGUAGUUGUUGGGGAACUCUCUAAUGGUUCAUUAGAAAUGGAGGCAUAUGUGAUGCCGAAUCAAGUUAUAAAUGAUAAUAUUCCAUUGACUAGUUUUCAGGUACCUCCUGAUAGUGUUGAAAGAGCAGCUGGUCUGUUAUUUUUUGAUAAUCUUUCAAGAAGCAAAAUAAGUAAAAUCAACGGGAAAAAGAAUUAACGUUAUACGAAUUUUAAAUGAUGUGAUAUGUAAAUUGUGUUUAGUUUUUAAGUAAAAUAAAGUGUAAAACAUACCAUGGCUUAAAAGUGAGAUAAAAAUAAUGGCCUUUAACGUUACGGAAAAUCUAUUGCUUAAAAAUAAUGUAUGGUGCUUAUUUCUCAUCUUUUCAUAGAAGGAAAUAAUUCUCCUGAACCAGUUCCUGAACCAUAUUAACAUUCUCCCAUGUUUGUUAUUGGUUCCUUGUUCACUUGUAGUUUCCCAAAUACAGGUGCACAUGCCUGAGAAUCCUGCAAUCACAGAAUUUUAUUUGUAUUGGCCAUUUUGUCAUCCGAAGAAUCUGUAAAUUGCCUUGGAAAUUCUGAAUGAUUAUCAUUAGCAGUUUCACAGUUUGGUGGAAUUUGUACUUUCUGCUGCAACAUAGCCGCAUCUUCAAUUAACGACUGAUAUCUUUCCAAAUUCU